AUGAGCGAAUUAUUUGAAACCAGCAAUCAAGAAGAUGAUUUGUUCGGGAACAGUGGUGAGGACUUCUCAUCCUUUUUGCAACAACCACUUUCGAAACCAAUAGGACAAAACACGGAGUUGGUUUCUGAAAUGCAUAGUAUUUCUUUAUCCGAUACUGUGGUUAACCACCCAACACACAUUGAACAGGAGAAUGACCAACAGGAAAACAAUGAUCAAAUCGUGCCUUCUUAUGAAACUGUCAAAGAAGAAAAAGAAGAAGAACCCCAUACUACUCUUCAAGAUGAUGGAAAAGAAUUUAAUUCCGAACCGGUAAACAAUGAUUUAGGUUUUAAUGGUGAAGACGAUUUAUUCGGUGGAUCAACCAGCAAUGUACAGGAUUUUGGUAGUAUGAUACUAAUGCAACAAACACCUCCGAUAGUUGAACCACAUAUUGCACCCCAAGAAAUUGUUCCUCCAAUUGUUCAAACUUAUUUAAAUCAGGAGAGUGCCAUUCAACACCCUGAAAGUACCCAUCCUAUAAUUUCAUCUCCAACUAUUAAUACAUCUUUUCCUCCAAAUAGCGUUCCAACACUCAAUCAAUCCAUCAUUGUAAACAAUAGUAGUGGUGCUACAUCAAGUACUUUGAGCCCACCUCCUUUGCGUUCUACAAAUAGUACCUCUUCAAUUUCUUCCAGAAAUAGAUAUGUGAAUAGUUUCGGAACACAAUCCAGAUCUGCCUUCACUUUACCUGUUUCUAGCCCACCAAGUGGUACUCCAACAAACAUCAAUCCUCAAACUCCUCCUAUGGUGAAUACUGAAAGAGUUGUUACAAGCACUCCCCCAUAUGGAAAUUUAAGCAGUAGUUCUGUUAUUCCUCAAUAUCCUCCAGUGGUUAAUGCAAUUAAUUCAACAUUGCCUCAACAAGUUCCAACUCCAACAAAUGAUAAUCACUUUGCAAAUCACUAUUCCAACAGCCAAAGCAUGAUUCCACUUAACAAUAGAUCUGCUGUUAUGGAAGGAUACUCUUCAUCACCUCCACCUUUCCAAGGUAGACAAACACCAACCCAAUUUGCAACUACAACUAAUGGAUUGGUAAAUAACCCAAUGAUUAAUAAUGGACAAAUGGUGAAUAACUCAUUGAUGAAUCCUGCUACAGUGAACAAUCAAAAUAUAAAUCAUUUGAAUGGUAACUCAAUGAUGAGCCAAUCAACUAUGAGUAAUAUGGGGAUGAAUAAUGGACAAAUGAUGAAUAAUUAUGGAAUGAUGAACUCUACAAUUAACAAUGCUCAUCCAACUAAUUUCAUGCCUAACAAUAUGAAUAAUUCCAUGAAUAUGAUGAAUCACCCACAUUCCAACAGCCCAAUGAUGAUGAAUAACCCAAUGAACCAAUACAUGAACCCAAUGAUGAUGAAUAAUUCAAUGAUGCAAAGAUCAAUGUCUCCAAAUUAUCAACAAAAUCAAAUAAUAUCUAGACAAAUUUUAGAUCAAGAAAUUGAGUUACGUAAAACAUAUCCAAAACCAAUAUUUUGCUUUUCAUUUGGUGGAAAGAUUAUUACAUCUUUACCUACUAUUAAUCCACACUCGCAACCAUCAAACAGCUUUGUUCACCAACAAAGAAAUCAAGCUCUAUACUAUCAACCAGGAUUAUUUAAAGUGCAAAAAUUGAAUCAAUUAAUUAAUUAUAGGUCCAGUAUUAUCAAAUCAUUGGAGGAUUAUCCAAUCACCAAUAUUUCUCAACAAUUUGAUGAAAAUAAUUCAAACAACAUUAAUAUUUUGUUGGAUCAAUUGGUUAAAUAUAUGAACUUGAAAAUAUAUGAAAAGCAACAAGCCCUUAUCCAAGAUAAUGACGAAAAGUGUAUGGGAGAAAAAAUGUUAUGGGAUUUGGUUAAAAUUGUAAGCAAAUAUGUAAAUGGCAAUGUGAACAUGGUAACUAGUGAUAUUAAUUCCCUUCUUACUGUUCUAAUUAAUAACGUACCAACUGAAUUACCAAUUAAUUCAGAAAAUGAACAAACCUCCUUCAAUGAGGCGGAACAUGUUGUCAGUAUUCAAAAUUUGUUAAUCAAUGGCCAAAUCAAGCAAGCUUGUCAAUAUGCACAAACCAACAAGAUGUGGUCUCACGCUAUACUUUUGAGUAGUAUGAUUGAUAAACAGACAUAUCAACAAGUAGUUUCCACUUUUGCCAAAUUGACUCUCAACUUGGGUAGCCCACUUCGUACUCUGUAUUGUACAUUUGCUGGAAAGCCUUUGGAAGCAUUUGAAUCAAACAACUCUGUCAAUGUUGAUCAAUAUGGAAAUCAAUAUACAUUACAAACAUCUCAAAACGAGCAACAACAAUUAGAGAAAAUGUCCUCUCAGUGGCUACAAAAUUUAUCCAUAAUGUUUAAUAAUAGACAAGGUGCUACCAGUCAAUCAGUAAUUGAAAAGAUAGGAGAUAUGUUGUGGAAGGAUUGCUAUCAAGUCCCUCAGUCUCACUUUUGUUACAUGAUAGGUGACUUGAGUGCUAUUGUAUCAGCAUUUACGAUAGCAUCUAAUUAUCAAGCUGCAACUUCAAAUCAAUCAUCCAAGGAAAAUAUUCAGCAACAAUCGCAACAAGCAAUGAUUGCAAUUUCCAAUAUUCUCUCCACUAGUAUUGUAAAUAAGAGAGUAAUUUUAUUAGGUGGUGAUAAUAAGAGAGAUCUUAGACAUUAUAUUAACGAAGAAACAAUUCAAUUGUCAGAGAUUUUUGAAUUACUUAAAGCAAUUAUCACUAAGAAUUGCUUGACAGCUGUCCAAGAACAAAAUACCCCUCCAAUAUCAAUGAUUAUUAAUUCAUCAUUGUUAACCUACAAGUUGGUAUAUGCAUACUGCCUUGCUGAUUUUGGAUUCUUGGAAAAGGCAAAUGAGUGCUGUGAUUAUUUGAUUGAAAUUGUGAAGAGAACUCAGCAAUCUAUGAAGUUCAAUAAUUAUUUCAAACUCCACCUUCAAGAGCUCAAAAAUAGAAUUAUUGAAAGUAAUAGACUUAACAAUAUAGUAGUACCUCAAAGGAAACCAACCUCAGGUGCAGCUAAUAAUUCAGGGGUAACGGGAUGGUUCAUGAAGGGUUUAGAGAGCAUAAUCCACGGUGGAGAUAGUCCAACAACUCCAGUCGAAAGUACAACUACCCUCAUUCAAACCAAUACAAUCAAUACCAACUCAAUGAUACCAAACAAUAAUAUUCCAUCCCAACAACAGCCUAAUUAUCACAAUACCAUUGGCCAGGGUAUUCAAGCAAAUCCAAUUCGCUCAUCUACACCAACUAAUAUGAUUUCUACUCAGCCUUCUUAUCAAUCAUCUACUCAAACCCCACCACCCUCAACUCACACACCUCAACCACCUUCCUAUCAAGCAACAUCUAUUCAAACUCCACCACCUUCCAAUAAUACUCCUCCACCAACCUCCACACCUCCAGUCAACCAAGCAAUUAAUAAUACCUAUGCUGAAGAAGGAAGUGGUGUUGGUGGUUGGUUCAAGAGUUUGUGGGGAGGAGGAAGUAAAGCAAGUAAGAAAGAAGCAAACAUUGGCAAGAAGAAUGAAUUUUAUUACGAUGACAUAAAAAAGAGAUGGGUAAGAAGAGGUCAAGAGAACGAAGUUGAAGCACAGGUCCAAGCUCCUCCACCAUCUCUCUCUGCAAUCUCUUCCACAACCCUCCAAUCUGCUGCCUCACAAAUGAGAGGAGGUGCUGGUAGAUAUGUAAACAUGUUCAGUGGCCAACAACCCACAAGUAAUCCACCAAUGAUGUCAAAUAUGCCUCCACCAAUGAUGGGAAAUAUGCCUCCAAGUAACCCAAUGACGGGAAAUAUGCCUCCACCUUCCUUUGGUACAAUGCCAUCAUCUAAUAUUAUGCCUCCAUUCUUCAAUCCUAACACCAAUAAUUAGUUGGAAUAAAAUGCAAAAAAUAAUUGAAU